AUCACCUAAAAGCAGGCCAUGACAUCUCUCAGUUUUCUCUCUGAAAAGCAAAAUUGCUGUAUACGUGAAAAAAAAAACAGGCUCGAUCCAGAACCCAUUACCACAACACCGUUUAGGCGGGCAAUUCAGUCAGCUGAUUCAUUUGUGAGGUAUUCAACCUCUUGUUUCAUUUUAAUUUCUAAAAAUGGGCGAAAACGUACAAGGAACAUUCGUAUCUGAGAAAAUUUCUAAAAUAAGGUGGCAACAUAGAGAUUUUACAGAAGCAAAGAAUUUCUUAACCGGCAGUUGGGAUAAUCCGGUAAAUAAAAUAACAUAUUGGACAUUUAGAACAAAUUACGAUGAAGAGCCAUCGCCUGUAGUUCUAUCAUCAUACUCGUUUCUUGGAGAUGUUACUGAACUAAAGUUUAUCAACAAAGAUUUCUUCGUGGCUUCUUCAUCUUUAGGUUCAGUGAGAUUAUUGCAAGUUGACGAAGAUACUUGUGCUGAAUUUAAGGAGCACAUGGCAUGGGAAUUUAUACACAGUUUUAAAACAGAUUAUGCCUCUUGUACUGCAUUAUCUACUUUUGAGCAAGAUAUAGCUUCUGUAGGAGAAGAUGGGAAGCUUAAUCUUCUUACAGCUAUAGAGAAGAAACCAGUUAGGAUUAUUGAAAAUGCUGAUAGUUGCUCCAUAUAUUGUAUCGACUUUCUAAAACAUAAUGAAGUACUCACUGGGAAUUCUAGAGGACACAUGAAAGUUUGGGAUUUAAGAAACGAUCGAGAUAUGCCUGCAUCCACUUUUAUGCUUUCUGAUCAAGUUAAAACAGCAGCAACAAGUAUUACACAUCAUCCUACACAAAGACAUAUUGUGGUUGCUGGUGGAGAUGAUGGUAGUUUAACUGUAUGGGAUUUGAGGCAAAAUACUUAUCCAAUAUCGCAACUUAAUGCACAUGCUAAAGCUGUUAGUGAGAUACUCUUCCACCAAGACAGGCCUGACAAUCUUUUCACUUGUUCUGUUAGUGGAGAAUUAUGGCAUUGGAAUAACGCACAAAGUUCGAAAUUGAAACUUGAUUCUACAGAUACGCAUUGGUUAAAUACAAUUAGUGCAAAUGGAAAAGUUAAUGUGACUUCAUUGUAUGCUGCUAUGCAUAAACCAAUAAAUAGUAUCGAUAUCGACAAGUCAAUGUUACUUUUUGGAUGUGACAAUGAAGCAAUGUAUAUUAUAAGAAAUGUUCUUGUAUAAUAAUAAUAUAUUGUUUUUUACAUUUUUUUAUCAUGUUUAAUAA